ACAUGAUAUUAGAUUGAAGUACGAAGAGGAGCAAAUUUAAUUAUUUAUUUAUUUGUGUUAUAAUUUCGCCUUUAUUUAUUAUAUUAUUAUUAUUUCGUAUAUAUUUUGUGUAUGUGUCAUUGUGUAAACUCUAAACUCCCACAAAAAAGCUCGUUGAACUGACUUUCAACGCAAUUAAACGUUGUCAAUUUAUCAAAAAUCAGUAUUUCAUCCACGCAAAAAAUUGUCGUGAUUUUUUCCCUUCAAUUCGAAUAAAAAAGAAACGUAUACGCAAAAGUAUUAUACUCUCGUGAAUAAAAUUGUUUGGAAACGUCUAUAGAAAUCCCUUCGAUGUUAGCAUCUAUAGGUUGAUUGCAUGUGUGCCACUUCGUGUUUAAAUUUGCAUUUUAAUCGGCCUGGAGCCAGUGGCAAUGAAAUUAGACGUAAAUAUCUGAAUGAAUUGUAUUUAAUUGUUUAUCGAAAUUAUUCAUUGUGAAAAUGCAAAUUUUACAAAAAACCCGACGAUUAAUUGAUUAAGAAAAUUUCUAAAAACGUAAUCGAAGCAGUUACGUUUUUACUAAAAACGUAGUAUAUUUAAGCCAUUAACCAUACAUAUAUUAUUGUAUUGAAUGCGAAUGGACGCGGAGAAUCGUGAUAUACAGUCAACAGGAAACUUUUUUACUGGCGAAAUAGAUCACGAUGAAAUUAAACAUAUUAAGGUCGUAGGAAAGGGUACAUAUGGGACGGUGUACAAAGCGAAAUGGCGAGAUUAUUUUGUGGCUGUAAAGUACAUUGAAGCAGAAACCGAACAAAGCGCGUUUAGAAUUGAGUUGCGGCAAUUGUCUCGUGUAUCACAUAAAAAUAUCGUCGCACUUUAUGGAGCAUGUACCAAAGAACCUCAUGUCUGUUUAGUCAUGGAAUACGCUGAAGGCGGCUCACUCUAUAAUGUUUUGCAUGGCCGACCGCGAAUAACAUACAAUGCCGCACACGCCAUGUCGUGGGCGAGACAAUGUGCCGAAGGGGUUGCAUAUUUACAUGCGAUGCGACCAAAGCCCCUUAUUCACCGAGACUUAAAGCCGCCGAAUUUGCUACUUGUUGAUCAAGGAAGAACUUUGAAAAUAUGCGACUUUGGCACGGUUACCGAUUUAGCCACUUUAAUGACAAAUAACAGAGGUUCAGCGGCAUGGAUGGCGCCGGAGGUGUUCGAAGGAUCCACUUAUGCGGAAAAAUGUGAUGUCUUUUCUUGGGGAAUUAUUUUAUGGGAGAUGAUAACGCGAGAGCAACCAUACAAAAAUAUCGGUUCAGCUUAUGGUGUGAUGUGGAAGGUGCAUAGCGGCAUUCGGCCGCCGUUGAUAGAAGGUUGUCCAAAACCAAUCGAAGAAUUAAUGACAAGCUGUUGGGAUUCAUUGCCAGAGAAUCGACCGUCAAUGGACUAUGUGGUGAAAGUAAUGCAUAUUUUAUGUGAUUUUUUUCCAGGCGCCGAUGAACCAUUGGACUAUUCAAAUAUUGAAGAGGUAUACGACACAGUGAAUCGAGAUAUCUUAGACACAAACCAAACCAAUGAUUUAACAUCUCAGACACAAGACAGUCGUAGCAGUUUAGCAAUGACACCAAUCUCAAGUUUGCCAAUUCAACGACAACAACCAUUACAAUCGCGCGACGAAAUUGAAUCAUCAAUCAGAGAAUUUUCAAGGUUGUGGCCUUCACGAGCGCAAACCGAACAACAUACAUCGAUCGGUUUCAGUGAUUCACGGAAUUGCACUGUUGAAUCGGGUGAUAUAAAAAAUGAUAACUAUUUAAAACGAAACGGUGCACUUAUUGCGGGUGGCGUUCCAUUGCCACCGCUAACAUUGAAAACCGAACCAAAUGCAUGGGAUCUACCAUCAAUAACCGUUGAACAUGAAACCCCCAAUAGCCAAAGCAAUGAAAGACUGCCAUCCACUGAAACCAGAUCAACUGCAAUCGCAUCAUCUUCAAAUAAUGCACGUACCCUUCUUGGCAAUGUACUCAACACCACAAAUCCAACAACAUACAAAAAUUCACCAAAAACAACAACGACCACGACCAGAGACAAUUUUGAUGAAAGCAACGAAGCGAAUGGAGGCGCCGAUAAUGACGAUUUGUCAUCCGAUCAAUUACAUUUAAUGCUAGAGCCACAUUUAAGGCCAAAACCACCAGAUCCAAAUAGUGAUUUGUCGAAAGAAAUCUACGAAGAACACAACCAGCUUGCCAAAGAAUAUUUAAAGAUCCAUACUGAAAUAGCAUAUGUCACAAAGCAUCGGGAUGAGAUCCUAUCGCGGAUGGAUGCCAAAGAACGUCAGGAAAGACUGGAGAUUUGCAAUAAAUUAAUGGAAAAGGAGGAGCUCAUGCAAUUUCAAGCAAAUUUAAAAAGGCAAUUGGAACUGAUACGGCUUAAUACGAGACCUAAUGUAACGGUUGCCGCACCGACUCCAUCCACAACGCCCCGGACACCAUUCAAUCGACAAAAUAGCAAUACAAGCACCAACGAAGAUGGAUGGAUUUUAGUUCAAAAGCCACCUAACGAAUCCGACGCUUGAAUUUUGUAUGAAAUCUUACCAGAUUACAAGUGAACGACAUGAAUGUUCACAGUUCUAGAGUCAUUAUUGUGUCCGACGUCAUUCUGAUCAAAAAGUCAGCCAGAACGAGACGAUAUAUUUACGAUUUGUAUGAUCACACAACUUUAAUGACAAAACCAUGGUUUUAAAAUAGAAAUGGUUUUAUUGACUCUGUUUUCAAAUUUAAACUUGUAUUUUUUUUUCUUUAAAGUCAUUGAAAUUCAAUGAUUAAGUAUAUUAUUGUGAGUCUUAUAUUAUGUAAUGUAAAGUGUAAACCGAAUUUUUAUGCUACUGAUUAAUAAAUUUUAUUGUAAAAUGA